GGGCGCUUGGGCUUCUUUGCAACGCUCGCUGUUGCAGCCGCUCUGUAUGCUGGCUAUCUCGUACUUGUGUUUUCUGACCGAAUCGCCCUAGCCAUUCCUUAUCCUUGCCUUCGCCAUCUUCACUUUUCCACCGUUAUAGGGAGUGAUCGGUUUCUUUCAUGGCUGCCUUGACAGCUACGGCGCAAUCUGCGUUACAUCCAGGACCAUCAUGGGACGAGACGAUCGUGCCAACAUUACGCAAACGUCUCGAGCAGGAGAGCCGCAUGUUGUCGAACCGGCUCUCCCAGGCCUCACUGGGUGACGAUGGGUACGACCAGAAUUUUUAUCAAUAUUCAUCUCCUUCGGCCAGCCCGACGCCUUCGCCGCGACCGAGCGCGAUUCCGCGCCCAAGUUUAUCGCAGUCGCGCCCUUCCGAAGGCAGCAGCCACACCACGUCGUCGACCCGGCCGGCGCACUUCAAACGAGCUCGGACGCAGUCCACGCCGUACGUCUACGACGGUCUCCCUGCAGGCUCCUCACCAUCUCCGUCUCCCGAUUUGGGCCGCUCAAGAUCACCCGCUGUGAACGGUCGCCCGACUCGAAUACCGGUGUCUCCACGCGCGCGGAGCCCGAGCGCGGCCAGCCAUUUUUCUUCCAGCACCGCGGACGCGAACGCGAACGCGACCGCGAAUUUGACGCCAAAGCCAAACGGGUACCACAUGUCCGCUGUUGACGAGGCGUCACGGUCGACCGUGGAUAUCCCGUCGAAGCAGUCGUCGUCGGGGAUACUGAACGAGCAGCCGCCUUUCGCGACGGCGAGCUCGGUGACAUCGUCGUCGCUGCUACCAGAUCAGGCGUCAGGGCGGUCGUCGAUGGACUCGGAGGAGCACCCGUACGAGCACUGGUAUCGCGGGGACUACUCGCGGAAUGGGGGCGUCGGCGAGUUGCGGGUCGGGAAGCGGAUGGAGAUGCUUGAGAUUGCGAGCUACGGGCACUCGUUGCGGAAGAUGCCCGAGAAAGCCUCGGGCUAUGUGUCCGGGAGGACAUCACGCGCGGAUUCGGAAGUGACGAUGGGCGGCCGGACUAGGAGGCGGGCAGAGAGUUUUGGUGCGCGAGGCAGUCUGUACAUCGAUGAGGAUGCGGAGGCUCAGCAGACGGGUAUGGUGCUGGACGAGCAUCCACUGACGGAUCUCGACGGUGAGGACGACUUCAGCGUGGAAGGCGGUGUAGCCUCCAGCUCGCAUGCUUCUCAUCCCCUCGCAGAGGACAAAACGCAUACCGCCCGCCUACAAGCGCAGACAAGCACCCCGUCCCGUAUACCUGCUAGACGGCAGCAGACCGAGCCUCCCAAGACACCUACUCUAAAUGGUACUCGCAACACUGCUGGGACAUCAACUCUAGCUUCGUCUUCCACAACGCAACUUAAUACCCCUCGCACCCGCCCAUCCCCCUCUGCAUCUCCCACUUCCACGCGCCAGCGCACAGUCUCCGCUACCACUCCCAACGCGAAGCGGCGUGCAAAGAGUCCUGCGACUUCGACUCCCACAUCCUCUGCAAAGAAGCCCAAGACAAAGACACCCCCUCGGAAUCUCAGGCAGGAUGACAAAAGGGGAUCUAUCGCAGAGUAUCCCAUUCCGAAGGAUGGGGACGACGAUAUGGCAGAUGCUAUCCCCGUGUGGACGCAGCCGAAGGCGAAGGGUAAUUGGGAUGAGGUCGUUCUACCAGUCGUGGCUCGUAAGAAGGGGUUGCACGGUCUGUAUGAAGAGGCGGAUGGGAACACCCCGCAAAGGAAGCCAGAAGAGCAAGAACCCGCUCCCGCUCCCGGGACAUUUGGCUUUGACUACUCGAAGUACAAGCCUCCUCGUACGGAUCUUGGCGCCGAAGACAUCCCCAUGGACGAAUUCGGGCAACAUCGUGAUAAGCAACGUCAGGGUGCAGAUCAAGGCGACUGGUACGGCGAGCCGUGGCCAGGGCACGAUCGAGAAGACGAUCGACCGCUUCCUACCACUACACAUGUGAACCUUGACGAGGAUCUAGAGAGGGAACGCGCACAGAUGCGGCUCAAUCCGCCCCGCCAUUCCGAAUCACCUGUACCUUUUGCUCGCUAUCACUCCCCCAAUCCAGACGCUGUGUCUGCGAAUGGAAAUAUCCCCCAGAUGCAAGUCUCUGCCGAGGUUCAGAACGAGAAACGGCGGAGACAGCAGGAAGAAGAGGACGAGGCCAAGGGAGGCUGUUGCAAGUGCGUCAUAAUGUGAUCUCCGCGGUGACAUAUCGGUUAGUCGGUCGGUCGGUCUGGAGUAGUUUCGUUUUGCCUUUGGUCUUGCUGCUUUGUCAUUGUCAUGACUUCUCAUGUUCACUGUAACAUAUCUUGCUCACCAGCGCGCCCUUCGUUCGUCGUAUGCUCUGCGGUCUGAUCUGCUUCUUACAUGUCACAGUAUCGCGUCUUAUCCUCCCUUCACCUGGCGGCUUCGCCGUCCUCCUUGCUCCUGUCUCAUUGGACAGUUAUGAUUUCAUUUACGGUUUCCCUUUGCACCAUUGUUUCACUCACGAUAUAUAUAUUGUACUAUACGGGUGCACGUAUGUUCUCAGUAUAUUUAAUCCUCGGAAUAGUUUAGGCUCGUUUAUUCAAUCUGCAAUCAAGGUUCCUCUUGCUCG